UUUUCAAUUUUAACAGAUGAAAAAAUUAAUUCCCAGUCUCCGUCAUUCUCCCAUUGAGCAGGAUUAAUCUUCACCGAAUGUCAUUAAUGGAUCGAGGUCAUUAACCUUCAUUGAGAAAACAACAGAUGAACAGAAAACAGCUGAAGUAGAGUAGUAAAUGCGUCCGGGAUUUAGGGUGGGGGCGGGAGGGGCAGUGGAUUUAUGAAAUCUUUGUGAUGGUUUUUUUUUUGCAGAAACUGAGAGAUGUGUUAUAUUAAUAGCGGGGUGUACUGUGCGGUGAGCAGUCGGUGGGGAUUUAAACAUAGUUUUGGCAAAGCAAAACGUCAAAGCACCUCGACGAGGCGUUGGACGCAGUUGUACGCGUUCUGGGAAACGAUUUACAUCGAGGAAAUCCAAUAAUUUUUUUUUUCCAGAGUUCGAACUGUAUGAGAAAAGGGAGAGAGAUAGUUUUUUAGUUGAGUAAUUCUGAAAAUAGAAGUCGUAAAGUAGUCGGAGAAGCGAGUUAGUGUAGAAACUGGGAGCUAGGUGUAAUUUGAAUUCUGAACGAUUCAAGGGAGGCAAGUUGAGGCUUAUGAUUUUCCGAGGCAUAUUCGUGCGUUCCAUUUACACACAUUGUUUAGCAAGGUGGUUUGGGAUUUAUUUUUAGAAAUAUCGUACGAAAAAUUGUGGAUAAAUGAGUGUACGCUAUGUAUAAUUGGAUAUUCAGGAGUGAAAUGGUGAAAAGUUCCGCCGCCCUUCGAUCUUCAUUACAUAUUGUAGGAAUAUCUCGUCGAGGAGUCCUGAUUAUGAUGGGAAUUGCCCCAGAUUUAUUCCCCAGAAGAUUUUUGAACAGCAAAAAUUAAUGUCUGACCUUCACACACAUUUUGCAGGGACUUUUCAGACUUUAAAAACCAUUUGAAGAAAGUGAAACUUUGUUUGAAUUUAAAACAUAGAUUGGGAUCUUUUGCCACAUGUUUGCUUAGAUUUCUGAACUAUUUUCAAUUUAUUCAAAUAUUUUUUGGAGCUGGAAAUAUGGUUGCAAAAGGUGGAUGAAAUUCAGGGAUUUGUUUUUGCUGUGUAUUCAAUAUUACUGCGUAAACAUCGCUGAUUAUCGAGUUGAUCAGAAAAGGGAGAACAAGACAAACUUCUGGACAUAAUUUUCUUUAUAAUUUUAUUGGUGUUUAACUUGAAUUCAGUACAGGACACUCCAAAAAGUAUCAUUCUCCAACAAAUGCUGGGAAGUAUGGAGAAAUGUGACAAGGAAAACUGGAGUCCCGAGGUCAUUUCUCAGAGCAAAGUCAUUCAAUUAGUCGCAGCCAUUGACUGUCAAGUUUGAACAUUAGUCCCUGACAUUAAACCCGAACCGAAUACUGACCAUCAAUCUCUCCUGAAAGACCCUAAGUUAGUGUUGGCUGGCUUUUUGCCCAAUUGCAGUACAAUUGAUGUUUUUCGCAUGAUACCAACCCCUUGUAACCAGCCCAUGAUAUCUGAAAACUCUAAAUCAACUUCUGGCUCGAAUAAAGUGUGAACAAUGUCGAGGGGCAGAAAUAUAGAUGAUGCGAUGAAUGAAAUGCUUAUGGAGAAAAUUAAGGGAUGUUUGCCGAAGAUUCAGGAGAAUGCUGAGAUCAUCAGAACUACGUUGGCAAAAUUCCACGCUCGUGCUACAUCCUCUGAUCGUAAAACUCGCGAACAAGUCUUGGGGAUGCUGUGGUCCAAGGAGGCAGGGGCUGUUGAAAUGUUCAUCAUGUUAUUAGAGACGUCAAAAGAUAAUGUGGCCUGUUGUAGCAUCCUCGGAAUUCUUCACGAAUGCAUAUCCCCACGUUUAACGAAAGUCAAAGCCAAAGGAGCUAAGAAUAAGAAUUCAAUGAAAGCUUUCAGCAGAGCUACCAUCAAUCAAUUAAUUUCCAGUGGUGGAACUCAAGUAUUGAUUAAAUUAUUGAUGAACUCUCAAUACACUGACAGCCUCAUGUGCGAAGUUCUGACGCAAGAGGUGUUAUGGAUCUUGGGUCAAAUUGCUCAGAAAGAUCAGAAAUUUGUGACAAAAGUAAAACUGCUCAAUGCCACUAAAGUGUUUCACACCUUGCUCAAAGCUCAUUAUAACGAUGCCAGGAUGUUGCUGCCGUUACUUUUGAUCUUCAAGAGUUUCUCGAAAAACACCUCAACUGUUCAGACACUUGUUAAGGAAGGGAUUGCUGCCAUUUUUGAAAAAACAUUUGUAUGCAUCGGCUAUACACCUCAUUUGAAGUUGAAAAUUCUGUUGGAGAGUUUCAAGCAUUUUACAGCAAGCCGACUCUUCUGUGCCAAAUUCGUCAAAGUGGGUAUGGUUCAUCUUCUGAUGCGUAUAUUCGACAGAUGGGACAGAUACGACGGUUCAUUAAGAUUAAAAAUAGCCAACUGCGCUCUCUCCACUCUCUACCACUUGUGUUCAAUAAAAACAGGUAGAAGAGCCAUCAAAGCAAACAACGGAUUGCAACUCCUAUAUCGAUUCUGCAUAAAUUGUCCAGAGGACAGAGCCUACGAUUUUCUACUCUCUAGAGUGUGUGGGAUAAUAAAUCAGUGUCUUGAGAAAAAAGAACUACCUGUACCUGAAAAGUCACCGGCUAGGUUCAACCUACCAACCAACAACGAGGGUCAUGUCAGCAACGUAGACAGCUGCAGUGACGCUGAUAGCCAAGUGAAUAGUGUUCAUUCCCUAGGCGGAAUUUGCAGUGAUUUAGAUUCCGGGGAUGACGAUGAUGACUGUACCUCUGGCAAUGAGACUAAAAAAUUCAAAGAAAUCAAUGAAGUGGACGAGGGACAGUUUUUUGCUGGAGUGGUGACCUCCCAAAGAACUGCUGAAGAUCUUCUCAUUUACAACAUUCAUUUCAACGAAUUGAAAAAUAUCCAAACUCAGAUAAAAUGCGAGGGUGCAUCCACCGUCCCCCAGGACAAAACAGAAACGUUAAAAGGCAGACGAGACUCAGCAAAAUUACUAAACCUCGAGUGUGGACUACCCCAUCAGGCAAGAAAACUCAAGGCCCUUCAAAUUGAUGAAAAAACAGAUCCCAGGACUGCCUAUUGCCUAAUAGCUAGCAAAAUUAGAAGCAUAAUUCCCUUUGUCAAAGUCGCAUAUCCUGACAUGAUCAACAGUGGAGGUCGUGGCAUACCAGAGCCUCUGAAUGACAAAGACCGAAAGGUAUGUCGUGCUAAACUUUUGACAAAUGUUGAUCGUAGUCUUCGUCCGACUUCCAUCAGUGCUGAGACAAUAUUUGAUCUCGAUACAUUAAUAAACACAUCUCACCCUGGAGACACUGAGAAAAAGAUUCUGAAGAACGUCGAUGAGCACAGAGUUGGAUAUUCAAAUGUUGAGACAAAGAGUCUGCAGUUCGAGUCCCGGUUUGAGAGCGGCAAUUUGAGAAGAGCUGUGCAGAUUGGUACGAGAGAAUACGAUUUAAUUUUAUCACCGGAUGUCAACAGUGGAUCCAGACACCAGUGGUUUUACUUCGAAGUGUACAAUAUGGAAGCUAACAUUCCUUAUACAUUUAAUAUCAUAAACUGUGAGAAGGCAAAUUCGCAGUUCAAUUUCGGUAUGAAACCGAUUAUGUUCAGUGUUAUUGAGGCACAAUUGGGUAGACCCGGGUGGAUCAGAGUCGGAAGUGACAUCUGUUACUACAGGAAUUCAUACAGACGACCCGGCAGGGGAAAGAAUUACAUGACAACUUCGUUCACUGUCAAUUUUCCUCAUUCAUAUGACGUCUGCUAUCUCGCGUAUCAUUUUCCUUUUACCUAUAGUGGAUUGUUAUGGCACAUUUGGACGUGGAUGAAGAAUUCAGUCAGUGAACCAAUCUACUUUAAUGCUGAUGUUUUAUGUGACACCAUCAAUAAAAAUGAGUGCCCUGUACUCACAAUUACGUCGCCGAAUUCUAGGGGAUAUCCGAUCAAUAACAGAAAAAUAAUCUUCCUGACUUCCCGAGUUCAUCCAGGGGAGAGUAACGCAUCUUGGGUGAUGCGUGGAACCCUGGAAACUCUCCUUGACAAUUCCACCUACAUGAGAAGUCUCCGGAACGACUAUAUUUUCAAAAUAGUCCCGAUGCUCAACAUCGACGGAGUUAUCAAUGGAUGUAACCGGUAUGGACUUACUAACGAGGACCUUAACCGUCGUUGGAGCAACCCCAACCGUGUGCUACACCCUGUAAUAUACCACACAAAGGGUCUUAUGGAGUACUGCGUCAGGGUGUUACUGAGGCCACCUCACGUUUUCGUGGAUUACCAUGGGCACUCGAGAAGGAAAAACGUAUUUCUCUUUGGUUGCUCAAGGUCAGGAUCGUGGAGUGCAGCUGAUCGUGCACUCUCUACUGCCGAUCAACCUGUUCAAUAUCUGAUGCUUCCACGACUCAUGCAGAAAACAUCGGCUGCCUUUGCUCUGCCGUUGUGUUCAUUCAAGGUCGAAAGGAACAAGGAAUCCACGGCCAGGGUCGCCAUAUGGCGCCAACUCGGCGUUACAAGGAGUUACACUAUGGAGAGCAGCUUCUGUGGGUGCGAUCAGGGGGUACUUGCGGGUUUGCAUCUUGACACUGUUCAUCUGAAGAAUGUGGGGAAGGAUUUUUGUGCAGCACUCGCGAAGUUGAAGGAUAAUGAUGAGAAUUGGACGAUGGAUGAGAACUCUGAGGAUUUUGAGGUGAUAUCACACUCUUGCUGUCCCCUUAAUUGCAUAAUGGAGAAACGUAAACGCCCAAAGUGCAUUCAGGAUAAAAACGCAAUUCAGCACACAUUCAGGGUAUAAUUAUGAGUGACGAAACUACACUGGAAGAGAGGGAUUCAGAUACAGAAACAUCAUUGAGCGAAGAAUCAGAGGAUUCAACUUCUGAUAUUGAUUAAUGAAAACUGCUUCUAAUCGCAGAAUGCCAUCAGUAUUCUUCUGAACAAUAAAAGCCACAUGAUCUCGAUUAUUGUAAUAAAAAGAUUGCUAGUAAAUCGCGGAGAAAAAUGGACACUUUGAAAUCAUUGAUGUCUCCUCAACAAAUCAUGACAAUGCUGCUGUGAAUUUCUAAAAUCUACCCAUGAUUCAUAAUGAACUUAAUUGUCAAAUGGAUUCCCUCAGCGUUAAAUUCUCGGAUACAUUAGGUCGUUGGUUGGAUAUUGAGGGGGGUACACGGUAAGAACACUAAUUUUCCUCAAUUUCUCAUGUACCCGAAAUUUUUUUUCUAAUUAAGGUAUUCAUGGCGUCAUAAGGGAGAAUAAACAAUACUUUCAUUCAGAACCAAAAAAUUAAAAUUAUUAUUCUUUUGUAAAUAGAAUCCUUAAUGUAUGAAAAAUCACGUAUGAAAUCUUAGACAGUCUAGGAGAAUCUCAGCCGCAGUGAUAAUUUAAGAAAAAUACUGAAAUUACAAUCGUCUCAUUUAAAGUCAUUCGUAAGCGAGAAUUUUCAAAAUUAUUUCUGCUGCUACAACUCUCCUAAGUUACCUCAGAUUUUGUGAGUCGUUUUCAAGAACUUGAAAAAACGCAUUUACAAAAAAUGACCACUUUCUUUACCUUUUUCGAUUUUCCCUCAUUACGUCAUGAAUACCUUAACGAAAUGCACUGCUUAUUAACGAAAAUUAGGCUCACUUGAAUCUAUUCUUCUCUCCGUGUGACAGGAAACUCUAGAAGCACUAGAUAUUUUUUUUUUCCGGCUUGAAUGUGUCCUUGAGUGAAUAAGUUUCAUGUGAAGUCCUAAUAAUGGUAUUCCCCUCACUCCGACACUGAGGGGUAAAUUGAAAAGGGAGAGUGAGUAGGGGGUAGGGAGAAUCGCAUUAUCGUGAGGGUUUUUUUGAGAAAGGACAAGCUCAAAGGAGAAGAGAUGAC